AUUUGAACAUGACGACAUUGGUGCAUACGUGGUCGCGCGAAUUCUCACGGCACCAAGUCAUGACCGUGACCAUAACUUUCUCGGAUCUGACAAGUGAGUACAACAAGUACGGGAAAAAUGUCACGCGGCCGUUGUUUGUCGUUCUCCUCGACACCGAGGAGACCAUGGUCGAGUUCGCCGAGACCACGAGGAGCAUAAAGCCCAUCUCUUUUUCCUUUUGGCUCGUUAUGUUUCUUCAGCGUCCUGGAAAUCCUCUCGAGGAACACUGCAGACAUCCUACCGAUAACGUAUUCAACGUGGACUUCAGCACCCAGAUGCUGGUUCUCUGCUAUGCUCGCCCGAUUCUAGUCGAGUGGUACGCCAUUCGCGAUAAUCGCACCAGAACGUAUGACCUGGCCUUGUGGUCCCCCGAUAGAGGUUUACUUUUAAGGACGCGAAAGUCCCUCUACGCUAGAAGAAGCGACAUGUUCGGCGACGUUGUACGCGUGGCGUCUGUAAACAACUCGCCGUGGACCUCGCAGGAGAACGGUACGGUCGGCGGGUUUUUCGGUCUGUUGCUGAUAGAGCUCAGCAAAGUGAUGAACUUUACGGUGGAGAUUCUGGAUCCGGUGCAGGGAUACGGCAGCUGGAGCAAAGAGAAAAAGGUGUGGACAGGUGCGAUCGGCCAGUUGGUGGCCAACGAAGCCGAUAUCGGCAUCUCCGGAUUUGUGAUGACGACUGACAGACAAAACGUCAUCGACUAUACAAUACCAUUGAUACGCUCGCGAUACAGUCUUUAUUUUAAGGAGCCUAACACAGCCUUGGUGGAAUGGUCUUUAUACUUAAGGGCAUUCAGCUCUAUAACUUGGAUAGCUUUAUUAAUGAUAAUAAUAACAGCUUCUAUUCUAUUGACUAUCAUGAAGACAAAAGGAUACUUUUCGAUGAACUUGAUGUUCGAAAACUAUAUUAAUGUUUGGGGGAUUUAUUGCCAGCAAGGUUUGUCAGUAAUUUUGGCCAUCUAUUCCGCCUCAUAUAUCAGCAUUCUAGUGCUCUGUACGCCCAAACUGCCUUUUUCCACUCUGGAGGGUUACGUUAAAGAUGGCUCUUACAAAUUAAUUGUGUUGCAAAAUAGCGCCGAGUACGACUAUCUUAGUCAUCUCAAGGAUCCCGUUUUCUUGCAAAUGUACGAACUGCUGGAAGAAAAGCAUUUAUUACCGCUAUCAACGAUGGAGGGAUUCAAGCAACUCUGCGAGAGAAACAAGUUAGCGCUUUACACGACGGAGAUAUUUAAAGAGUUUAAAAUUAUACCGUGUAGAGUCGUAUAUAUUGAGACCGGAAGAAUCGUCAAUGCGGCGAUAGCUCUAACGAAAGGAAAUCCUUACACUGGCCUCAUGAAUUACCACUUGCGGAGAUUUCAGGUUAAUGGCGUUAUAAGCAAAUUGAAGAACAAAUAUGUUAUACGAGAUAAUCCGAGGGAGGAACUUUACGGUUGGGUCGAAUUAAACGAUGUAACGCCAGCUCUGGCAAUGGUGGCGGGCAGUAUGGUUCUGGCACUUUUUAUCUUAAUAAUCGAGAAAGUGUAUUAUUCGUCUAAAACUUGA